CAAUAAUCUGCAACAAUGUUUGGGAGGCGACUGCUUGGAGCUGCUGUUGCCGGCACAGCCGCUGUUGCAGCGGCAAUGGCCCAACAGCACAUGGCGAAUGCCCAGCCACGCGAGGGCACAACCGCAGCAACAACCAUAGCAACAAGAACAGCAACAACAACCGCAACAAGAACAACAGACGCACAGACAAGACCAACGACAGCAGCGGCUGGGAAAGUGUAUCUGGUAGGUGCUGGGCCGGGGGCAGCGGACCUGCUCACGCUGCGGGGACGAGACGUGAUUGCACGGGCGGACGUGGUGGUGCAUGAUGCCCUGAUUGGCGACGACAUCCUGAAGCACUGCCGAGCAGAUGCGGAGGUGAUUCGGAAGGGGAAGCGAGGCCAGGAUCCAAAGUCUGCUACACAGGAGGAAAUCAACGAGCUUCUUGUGGCCAAGUGUCAAGCGGGCUUGACAGUCGCGCGCGUCAAAGGGGGCGACCCUCUCAUCUUCGGUCGCGCAGCCGACGAAAUGCGGGCUCUUCACAAAGCAGGGUGCGCGUGGGAGCUGGUGCCUGGCGUGUCGAGCGUGUUUGCUGGGCCGGCGGCCGCCCACGUGCUGCUGACACACAAGCGGUGGAGCAGCGCCGUUGCCAUUGCAACGGGCCACGACCCCGACAGCCUCGAUAUGGGGGCGUUGGCGCGCAUGGAUACGGUUGUGUUCAUCAUGGCGGGCGCAACGCUGCCGGUCAUUGUGGAGAAGCUGCAGGCUUGCGGCCGCACAGGCGCCACACCCGUGGCAGUCAUCAAGCACGCGACACUGCCGAACCAACGCAUCUGGACAGGCACGCUGGACACAAUUGUGGAUGCCGUUGCCGGGGAGCGCCUGUCUCCGUCUGUCGUCGUCAUUGGGGACGUUGCCCAGUUUGCCGCGAACCACGGGCUCAACCUGUUGUAG